UAUAUUCGACUUUCCGACCCAAAGACCACUGACAUCAUGAUUUGACCGAGUUCCCCGUUGUUUUGAACGCGGCAAUAGAUCCCUACGGCCUAUAAACAUGCUCACUUUCUUGCACUUAUUUGAGGCCGUAUGUAAUACUGUGUGAACCCGCAGAGGGCGUAGUUCCCUUUCUCUAAAUUGUUUUUCCACCGCAUGACGCUCUCGAACAGCUGCUGAUUCCAAGAUGACGGAUCCUACAGCAUCGCCGGAAGAUCACUGGAACAAAAACGACGGGUCUUUCAGUGACAACGGAUUUGAUCCCAGUUUCUUUGCUGAGAAUGCAAGGAAGGGUACUGUGGUCUCCAGGGCUAACAGCAUUGGGUCCACAAGUGCCUCAUCAGUACCAAAUACAGAUGAUGAAGACAGUGACUACAGGCAUGAGACCACAUACAAGGAGUCCUACAAAGACCGGCGGAGACAGGCACACACACAGGCCGAGCAGAAACGACGGGAUGCUAUCAAGAAAGGUUAUGAUGAUCUCCAGUCCAUAGUGCCCACCUGCCAGCAGCAGUCUGAGUUUGCCGUGGGGACACAGAAGAUCAGCAAGGCCACAGUGCUGCAGAAAACUAUCGACUACAUCCAGUUUCUGCACAAGGAGAAGAAGAAGCAGGAGGAGGACAUGUCUAUGCUGAGGAAGGAAGUGAUGGCACUGAAGAUCAUGAAAACGAACUAUGAGCACAUAGUGGAGGCCCACCAGAACAACCCUCAGCAGGGGGAGGAGCAGGUGUCGGACCAUGUCAAGUUCAGCGUGUUUCAGAGCAUCAUGGACUCCCUGUUCCAGUCCUUCAGCAGGUCUGUGUCUGUGGCCAGCUUCCAGGAGCUGUCCGCCUGCGUCUUCAGCUGGAUCGAGGAGCACUGCAAGCCUCAGGUAGGACACUCAAUAUACGGUACUGCUGGGGGAUUCUCGCUGCUGGUGGAUGGAUGGCGCACCAAAUCAUGUAAGGUUUUAUUUAAGGUAAUGGUCUUUGUGAUAAUCAUGGCAUUUUGGUGUAUUUUCUGCUCAAGGAUGGUAUUUUGGACUUCCGUCUGACCCCAACAGGUCAAAACUAUCACCACUGUAGGCUAUAAUUGACAUGCCAGCCACCCUGUCUUGCUCUGAGGAUGGAUGACUGACUAUGUUGAGUUGACAGCUGUGUAAGGUAAUCCAUAUUUGUCCUCUUUUCCUUCCCAGACAUUGCGUGAGUUUGUGGUGGGAGUUCUCCGGCAGCUCAACAGCCAGCUGUAUUAAUGCAGCCAAGGCGUAAACUCAGGACAGGAAUCUCCCCUCAGGGAUGGAGCCGGGGCCUAGCCUGGGUUCUCAGGGUCUGGUAGAGACCUCACAUAUCAGUCUAUCGUGUUCCCUCCUGGCCUGCAGUAUUUAAAUUAACGCUUACUCAACUCACCACCAGUCUGCAGCAGGGUUGGGUGUUUCCUGUCUAGUCAGGUCAAAUCCAGCCCAGCAUUGUCUGUGGUUUUAGUCAUCAGGGUUUUUUGUUGCAGAACAGAGUUGUGUUAAACAAGGCAAAUGGCCACUUGCUUGUAAACGUUCCCUAAUGUUUACAUUCACCACAAAUCAGGGGUUGGAACCACAUUUAUUUUUUAAUUGUUCCAUUCCAAACCUCUUUUUUUGUUUGUUCCAGUGUUCAAAUCAGCAUAAAGCUCUGUACUUGUUCGAAUCAAAUCCAAGACAGUUGUGAGUUAAAAUAUUCAAUUCAAACAAGUUGUGAUGGUAUGAGAAUUGUUAAAUGUUCAUCAUUGAUUGUGAUGUUAUGAUUGCUGUUGUGUCCAUGUUGUGACAGAAUCAAGCAUAUUUGUAAGUCUGUUACUGCAGAUUUUCGCCUUUUCAUCUUUAUUGGUAAAAAAGAUACGGUAGAAUAGUGAUUCAUAAAUAGUUCUGUAUUAAAACAGAAUCUCUGGCCAGGAUUCAAUCAGAUUAGCGGUAAACGCGUAGCUGAUCAUUACUUUUGUUUAGGUGGUGUUGGAGGUGUAACUGCGUUUUAUUAAAAAUGUAUUUAACUGACUUGCCUAGUUUAAUAAAAGUUAAGAACAAAUUAUUAUUUACGGUGAAGGUGUUAGAGCGGUCAAAUCCACAAGAAGCUCCUGGCGUUGCCAUUGGAUGCAGCACCUAGUCGCAUUCAUAGAAAUCUCUUGCAGAAGUGUUACAAAUAAGUGAACUGUGAGAAAUCCCGAUGUCAUUUCUAUGUAGCCGUCACUUUCUUGUUCUGAACUUGUAAGGUGGCUGGGAUAUAAGGACGGGUUUGGUUUCAUGACAACGACCACAAGAGCAGCCGCUUACCAAUUUGACAGCUCCAACACAGUUACACCACCUAAAAAAAAGAAGCAAUGUGUUUGUCGGCUGAUGCAGGUUGCCAGAGAUCUGAUUGAAUCCUGGCCUCAAACAGUCAAUCAUGUAAAAAUGUAAUGUGAAGAAUUUGGUGAUUGAUUUUGACAAUGUGCUCAGGAGAACUUGUACCAAAUGUUUCAGGACCUUCUGGUAAACCUAACAGAUGUGAAUGUUUAAUCUGUGUAAUCACCAGACUUUAAAAAGGGAUUUUAUACGACAAGUCUUUGUGCUGGCAUCAAUAAAUCAGGUCUACUGUUACGUUUUUUUUUUUUUGCUGAUUUGGACAAGAAUUUGAUGAAAGUAUUUCAUAUGAAUGAUUUUUAAUUGCAAAAUAAACUUAAAGUAUA